AGUCGAUCCGGCUUUAGCGGACUACGGAAGCCUGGCAGUUGGAAUGAGCUCAAAAACGUGGGCUCUGAGCUGCGUCGCAGUGUCAGAGUGAGAUCUCUGUCUUCUCUCCCCAUCUUCGCCGCUGCUAGCCUGCUAGCUAGCAGCUCUCCGGGAACAUGGCGGCGUCGCAGGCUCUGUCCGAGGAGGAGUUCCACCGGAUGCAGGCUCAGCUGCUGGAGCUGCGGACUCAGAACUACCAGCUGUCUGAUGACCUAAGGAAGAACUCUGCAGAGCUCAAUGCCGUCCGCCUGAAGCUCAGCGUUCUGGAGAGAGACCUAGUCAAAGCUCAAAAGGCUUUAAACAAGAGCAAAAAGGCUCAGGAGGUGGAUGCUCUGCUGAGUGAGAACGAGAUGCUGCAGGGGAAGCUGCACAGCCAGGAGGACGACUUCCGGCUGCAGAACAGCACGCUGAUGGCCGAGCUGUCCAAGCUCUGCACGCAGAUCGAGCAGCUGGAGACGGAGAACCGCCGCCUGCAGGAAGGGGGUGGAGCCUCUGGGCCCCCUGCUGACUCCGCCUGUGGCCCCGCGGAUGAGCUGCUGCGGCUGCAGGCCGAGAACGCCGCGCUGCACAAGAAGCUGAGGGCUCUCCAGGAGCGUUUCGAUGGGGAGCUGCAGAGGCCGCCUGUUGCCCACGGCGACCAGAGCGUUGCCACGGAGACGGAUGGGCCAGCUGGCACCAACAGAGUCUCUGAUGUUGCAGGGGGGGGGAUGGGGGCGGGGCCAGAGGGAACCAAUCAGAGGGAGGAACUGACUGAGAGCGGCCUGCAGCAGUCAGAGCAGCAGCGUCAUGAGCUGCAGCUGCAGAUGGAGAUGGAGGUGAACACCGAGAGAGAGGAGAAGAGGCUGCUGAGGGAGCAGC